AUGGGUUGCGGAAUGAGCACGGAGGACAAGGAGGGCAAGGCCCGCAACGAGGAGAUCGAGAACCAGCUGAAGAGGGACAAGAUGAUGCAGCGCAACGAGAUCAAGAUGCUUCUUCUGGGUGCUGGAGAAUCCGGAAAGUCGACAAUCCUGAAACAGAUGAAGCUGAUCCACGAGGGCGGUUACUCACGCGAUGAACGGGAAUCCUUCAAGGAGAUUAUCUUCAGCAACACGGUGCAAUCCAUGCGUGUCAUUCUCGAGGCAAUGGAGUCCUUGGAGCUUCCCCUUGAGGACCAGCGCAUGGAGUAUCAUGUCCAGACCAUCUUCAUGCAGCCCGCCCAAAUCGAGGGCGAUGUUCUGCCUCCCGAAGUUGGAAGCGCGAUUGAGGCGCUGUGGAAGGACCGAGGUGUGCAAGAGUGCUUCAAGCGCUCUCGCGAAUACCAGCUCAACGAUUCGGCAAGAUACUACUUCGACAACAUCGCGCGUAUCGCCGCUCCCGACUACAUGCCCAACGACCAGGAUGUCCUCCGAUCGCGUGUCAAGACGACGGGCAUCACAGAAACCACAUUCAUCAUUGGCGACCUGACCUACAGAAUGUUCGACGUCGGUGGUCAACGAUCUGAGCGAAAGAAGUGGAUUCACUGCUUCGAGAAUGUCACGACUAUUCUCUUCCUAGUCGCCAUUUCCGAGUACGACCAACUGCUGUUUGAGGACGAGACUGUCAACCGUAUGCAGGAGGCCCUGACCCUGUUCGACUCCAUCUGCAACUCUAGAUGGUUUAUCAAGACGUCUAUCAUCCUCUUCUUGAACAAGAUCGAUCGCUUCAAGGAGAAGCUCCCCGUCAGCCCGAUGAAGAACUACUUCCCCGACUACGAAGGUGGAGAUGACUAUGCUGCUGCAUGCGACUACAUCCUCAAUCGAUUCGUCAGCUUGAACCAGCAUGAGACUAAGCAAAUUUACACGCACUUCACCUGCGCGACAGACACAACCCAGAUCCGCUUCGUCAUGGCGGCAGUGAAUGACAUCAUCAUUCAAGAGAACCUGCGGUUGUGCGGUCUGAUUUGA